AACUAAUUGAUCAUUCCGUUACUAUAUAGGCAGGGCCAAUCCGACACCAAUUUUAUUCUUCCUCACGGAGAACUCUGGAGGAAUUUGAUUGAUGGCUGUAAACUGUACUUCCUCAAUUCGAAUCCCAAUUCAGAAAUAUGGAUCAUUUCUCAAGUACCCCAACAAAAAAUUGAUGUCCAAACGCAGCUAUGUCCCAAUGAAAAAGGCAUCGGUACUGAGGAUCACAGCAUCCAUCAAGAACAAGGUUUAUGAAGAUCACUCCCAGGGCAUAAUCUGCUACCAAGAUGAGUUUGGAGAAAUAGUUUGUGAAGGGUAUGAUGAAGGGCCUUGUUUCCAAAGAAUUCCAGAGACGACCAAUCGUCCAAGAGAUGCUCAAAUCACGAAGAAUCUUCUUUUACGACAAAGUUGGAUUCAGAUAGUUAAAGGAGAGAACUCGAAUGAUGGUCUGCAAAAGGACUUGAACUGUAAUGGCUUUAACUCAUUCUGCUAAUAAGCUUAGCAACAUAUAAUGUGUAUCAUCAGAAAUUAAGACUUGAUUGUAUGUGCAGAGGGUCUUGCGAGUUGUAACUUUUAUAAUGGCAAUGCUUUUCUUAAUUGCCUUUCCUUUUCGACUAGUUGUUGUAUUAUCUGAUAGAAAAUGAAGAUGACUUCCUAUCACAAAGCAAUAAUAAAUUUAAUUGUCUGUA